CGUGGACUCCGAUAAAUCCGAUGGCUUGGCGACUUCGACGAUGCUUCUGUGAUUUCCCAGUAAAUUCUCGAAAAAUCUAUUGCUUCCACGGCCGCCGGAAAGCAGUGUACACGACCGUCUCUUACUGGGUUGAUGAUCUCGUAGUCGGAUAAUGUAAAUUGAAGCAUACCUGAAUGGAUAUUGUUAUUAGAAAUCGAAGCAUAAUUUGUAUCGAAGGUUUCAUUUCCAUCUUGUGUUGCUUCUCUGAUUCGAGUUUAGUGUAUCUUUGGUGUUGGUUUGAAGUUUGAUGGUUCAGUUGAUAAAUGUGGGUAAUCUCCGACCGGAAUCAGAGAUAGCGUGUCGGAAUAAGUUGCCGGUGAAAUUGGAGAUUGAAGAGCAUGGACCUCUCAACAAGCGAUCCAAGUUCUCACCUCCUUGUCAGCAGCAGUGAAACUCUGGAUGUGAGGGUUUUCGUCGGAACAGAAGAGAGAAAGGAGGGAGAAGAACAAGAUGUGAAACUCCGAAUCAGAUCAAAAACCUCUAUGUUUGGGGUGGUAUUUUUAGACCCUAGAUCCAAGUACCGCAAGUUAAUACAAUUCCUCAAACCAUCUGCAAUGGUUCCGUUGGAAGAGGAAGGUGAAGGACUCCGGUGCCGCUGGAGGAAGGUUUCAGUCGUUCAUCGCCUCUGCAAUCGUUCAGCAAAAGGAGAGGCAGGAGGAGAGACAGGUCGAAGUUGACGAGCCGUCGGAUUUUUUGAAAUCCGCGUGUUGAUUAUCGGAAAAAUCGUUGAACGCAUGUUGGAGCGUUAGUCGUAGGUGACGAGCCGGAUCCAUGCUAAUGCACCCUUGCAUGGCAGCUAAGUGAACAUUUUCCUUAUAAUUAUUUACUUAUUAUAUUAGGAGAAUGUUUUUGGCUUCGGGUGUAAUCUCUAUUAGCAGUUCUUUUUUUUUUCUCUCUUCUCCCGUAAGAAAUGAUCAUUCUACCCCUUAUUGAUUGAACAAAAACAGAGGUCUUCAUUGAUUGUAA